UCUGCGUAUUGGGAACUCAUGGUUCGGACGAUGAUUAGGUCUAUACAGAGGUGCGAUGAAGGUUCUGACAUGCACACUGACCUUACAUUUACACUAGAGCUUGUGGAGGAGCUAGGCCGACUUAAAUUGGCGAAUGCGCUUGCAGAAGCAGUUGACAUUGAUACACAGGCCCCAGUUCAUGGCGGGCAACGUGGUGGGUCUCGUGGGGGUGGACAUCGUGGAGGUGGUCAAGUUGGUCGCAGCCGUACGACCGAGUCGGCUCCCAUCUACGAGGAAGGGAAUGAGGAGGGUGUAGAAGAGGCAUGGCUUGGCACUGAUUGGGUACUGUCUGAUGACGACGGCAGGACACCGCGAUGCACGCCUGGCGAUGGUGCUGGGCCAUCCCAUAGUGUCGAUCAUCAGGGCACUGUUCCAGCCCACACUACAUCCCAUGGUGCUAGCACGGACUUUGAGGGCCCUUCUCGUAUGUCGCCCUCAGUUUUCAGUGGAUCUGCCCAUGAUGGUGGAUGCAUAUUUGUCCCCACACCAGGCAUGCCCACCCCACCUCUAGUGCAUGUGGACCCCACCAUGUCAGCUCCAUCUCAAACUGCCCACGGAGAGGCUGUACAGAUUGAGCAGAUACCGGCUGAGGACAUUGAGCCGGUGGAGGCUUUGCGGAGAUCGCGACGCCCGCGUGCGCAUGCUCCCGAUUGCGGGACCGGUGAUGGUAAGAUUAGACCUGUCAGGGCAUAUGGGCGGAAACGAAAAGAUCAUUAAAUGCCUUAGUGUAUGCUUAUACUUCCUGCCUAUAGGUGACUGCAUAGUUACGUUUCACUUUUCUUCUAAAGUCGUAUUUUUUUUUUUAGACCUAACUGCAAUGGUGGACACGAAAAGGCCAUUGAGCUGGAUUGUCCUUGUGUGCUUAUUCUUCAUGUGUAUAGGUGACUGGAAUAAGCAUGCAAAAUGUUCUACUAAUUGGGGAGAAUCUUGGUGGCUGUGCAUCUAUUUCUGGAUCAUUGCUUGGGGAGAAUACUGGCUGUCAAUGUGUUUGUUGUCAAGAAAUUGAUAUUUUGGAGAAAACCCAUAAGGCGUAUUGUAUUUAUUGAUGUAUUAGGAAGUUUUUCUGCACUUGGAGUUUUGAUUGCAAUUUGACAAAUGUCUGGAUUGGUAUUCAUUUGAA